AUGGAGUUCACCCAAGCCUGUGAUUUUAGCGCCGUUCUGCUGCCAGAUCAGCUCAAACGUGAGGCAUCUGCGGUUUCUGAAUCAGAUCGUCUUGAUAUUGGUGUUCCUUCCAACAGUUUUUCUGUUUCCUCAGUUGCAUGCAGCAGCAAAAUUGGUGGGUAUGCAUUGGAAUCCUCUCUCUCUUUAGAGGAAUUGGACGUCUUGGAGGCAGAGUUGGAGUUGAUCCAUGACGUCUUGACGGAGGAUUCAAACGUGGGUAGCAUUGGAUUGGGUGAAAUAGGGCUCGGACAAGACUUCAAGUUGGGGAAAAUCCCUGGAGUUGCCGAGAGCUCGAGGAAUGGCGCCUCUGCCAUGAAGAAAGUCGCUAAUGUAGCCACUGUGUCUGUUGAUCUCAUUCAGAACAGAAGACCCUUCAAGUGCUCUCAUUCAGGAUGCCAGAAAACGUUCAAGAAUCCACAGACGCUGAAAAUGCACUACAAGACUCAUUCUUCUGAUGAGAUUGCGCUUCAUUUGAGCUCGGAGACUGUUCCCCAGGCUUGUCGAGCCGGGCAGAAUAAGAAGAUUCCCUGCAGGUGCCCUGUUUGUGGCGGGACCUUUGUGGGGUUAUACGAACUCCGGCGGCAUUUUGGCCGGAAGCACUCAGAGGGCGAGAAGACCCAUCGUUGCCGGAAAUGUGGGAAGAGAUUCUACAUCGAUGUGGAUUUGAGAGACCACCUGAAACUCUGCGGAGAGCCUGUUGGCUGCAAAUGUGGGAUGAAAUUCGCGUUCAGAUGCAAUCUUCUGGCUCAUAAGAAAACGCAUCCUGAGUGCCACGAGCAGAGUCCGGCUCCGGAUUCCACUGCAUUCGGAACCCGGAAGCAUUUCCCCAAGUCUCGGGAUGGGAUGUCAUGCCUCCUGAGCUGA